UCUCUUUGUUACUCCUAUUAAAUGAAACAAGAAUAUGAAAUAUUUGUAACUGAAUAAAAUAACUAUGCAAGUAAGGAAGAAGUUUUCUAAUAAGGUAACUGGAAGAUACUAUUCAUCGUAAACUUUCAUUUUCUCAACACUUGGAACAAAAGAGGAAAAAAUGAAAAGUGACAAUAAAGAUUAAUAAUACAAACAAGAAACUUAAAUACUAUAAUUUUCUCGAAAUCGAUAUCUAUUAUGGAAAAUCUCCUUGCGGAAGGUAUGCAUAAAAUCGAUCGAUUAUAAUUUACUGCAAUUUCUGCACAUUAUAUUGUUACUAUUGUAAAAAAAAUGACACUAUGAAUAUACAAGAGAAAAAAAUAAUUGCGUAAAUAAUUUAUCAAACCGAGCUAUAGUCGAAUGAUUCUUCGAGUUCUAUAUGACAGUCGAUAUUUGACUAGAAAUAUGGACGUGUUUGACAAACACUAUUAUACCUAUCGUGCUAUGUUGAAAAUCACAGGAUUAUGGCCGUACAAUAACUCAGUCUAUUUUUUAAGUAUUGCAUUAUUUAAUAUAUUCUUAUUGUAUCUUAUAACAAUGGAUUUCAUAAUGCCUUUGAACCAAUAUCGCAUAUUUAUUCUUCGUUACAUUACAUUAUUUUCUGUCAAUCGAAAUAUAUAUUUUUAUAUUUUAUGCUUGGAUUUUAUAUUUGUUGUUACAUUUGGAUUAUUAUCUAUAAUAUGUACCGAAUCGAUAAUCGGAUUUUAUAGUUAUCAUACAGGCAUGUUGUUUAAAAUUAUCAGCCAUCGAAUACGAAAGAUUAUUACGUAUUUAACUAUAUUUAAUCUCUCAUCGAAGCAAAUUGACUCGAAACUCACCGAGCUUUAUCGCGUAGUGGAUAUUCAUAAUCAAGCUAUCGAGUUGCUAGUAAAUGCGAUUACAAUUAAAGAUCAUUUAGAAAUUUUAAUCUGUCUCAUCUUCUUUGCCAAUCAUUUGGUGAUUAUGUUUUUGUGCAACCAUAGUGGCCAGAUACUUAUAGACAACAGUGAAGAAUUUUUUCAUGAAUUAUAUAUUUCUGUAUGGUAUUUUGUACCGUUAAAAGUACAAAAGAUUUUAUUACUCGUUAUGAUACGAAGUUCAACGGCAUGCAUGUUUCACAUUUUUGGUGUGUUCAUUCCUUGCUACGCAGGAUUUACAGCGGUAAUUUGUUUAAAUAAAAACAUUAUGAUUUUAAUUCGAAUUGAUAAAAAUUGUUUCAUUUCAGAUGUUGAACACUUCAUUUUCAUAUUUUACUUUGAUAUA